AUGGUAAUCAAUGGUGAUUUCAAUGGCAAUGGUAAAGGUAAUUGUAAUGGAAAUGAUAAUGGAAAUGCGAAUAGUAAUGGUAAUGUUUAUGGUAGUAGUAAUGGUAAUGUUAGUAGUAAUUGUAAUGGAAGCAGUAUAGUUCCUGUCAAUUGCAAUGGUAAUGGUAAGAGUAAUAGUAAUUGUAAUUAUAGUGAUAAUGGUAAUGCUAAUAUUAAUGGUCAUGGCAAUUGUAUUGGCAAUGACGAUGGUGAUUGUAAUGGUAAAGAUAAGGGUAACAGUAAUGGUAAUUGUAAUGAUAAUGGAAAUAGUAAUGGUAAAGAAUGGCAAUGGUCUUGA